AUCGCGGUCGAUCGCAGGUUCCCCCCUUCUUUCGCAGGGAGGGUUCCACGGCCCGAUCAAGUCCCCCUUUAUUUCCAGGGGGGGCACACAGCGGGAUUGGAGUGCCCCUCCCCUCCAGGGGGGCGCGCGACUGGAUCCAGGGGUCCCCCUUUCUUUCCCGUUGGGCGCGCAGCCGGAUCCGGGGGUGGUCUCCUCUUCUUUCCCUGGGGCGCACGGCCAGACCGGGAGUUCCCCUUCUUUCUUGGGGGGCACACGGCCGGGUCGGGGGUGCCCCUCCCCUCCGGGGGUCUGGAUCAGAUCGCGGGGUCCGCGGGGCAUGCGGCGGGGCCGCAAUGUCGGUGCCGCUGCUGAAGAUCGGGGCGGUGCUGAGUACCAUGGCCAUGGUCACCAACUGGAUGUCGCAGACGCUGCCCUCGCUUGUGGGGCUCAACGGCACCGCGUCCCGCGCCGGCUCCUCCGAGAAGAUCACACUUUUUCAGAGCCCAGAAGAGGGCUGGCAGCUGUACACCUCGGCCCAGGCGCCUGAUGGGAAAUGUAUCUGCACGGCUGUGAUCCCCGCCCAGAACACCUGCUCCCGCGAUGGCCGCAGCCGGGAGCUGCGCCAGCUGAUGGAAAAGGUCCAGAAUGUCUCCCAGUCCAUGGAAGUCCUUGAACUGCGGACGUACCGGGACCUGCAGUAUGUGCGUGGCAUGGAGAGCCUUAUGCGCAGCCUGGACGCUAGGCUCCGGGCAGCCGACGGGUCCCUCUCAGCCAAAAGCUUCCAGGAGCUGAAGGACAGAAUGACCGAGCUGCAGCCCCUCAGCCCUGUGCUGGAGCAGUACAAGGCAGACACGCGCACCAUCGUGCGCCUGCGCGAGGAGGUGAGAAAUCUGUCCGGCAGCCUGGCGGCCAUCCAGGAGGAGAUGGGCGCCUAUGGCUAUGAGGACCUGCAGCAGCGCGUCCUGGCCCUGGAGGCCCGGCUGCACGCCUGUGCCCAGAAGUUGGGCUGCGGAAAGCUCACUGGGGUCAGUAACCCUAUCACCAUCCGGGCCAUGGGGUCCCGCUUUGGCUCCUGGAUGACAGACACAAUGGCCCCCAGUUCCGACAGCCGGGUGUGGUACAUGGACGGCUACUACAAGGGCCGGCGCGUGCUGGAGUUCCGCACCCUGGGCGACUUCAUCAAAGGGCAGAACUUCAUCCAACACCUGCUGCCGCAGCCGUGGGCGGGCACGGGCCACGUGGUGUACAACGGCUCGCUCUUCUACAAUAAGUACCAGAGCAACGUGGUGGUCAAGUACCACUUCCGCUCGCGCUCCGUGCUGGUGCAGCGCAGCCUGCCCGGUGCCGGCUACAACAACACCUUCCCCUACUCGUGGGGCGGCUUCUCGGACCUGGACUUCAUGGUGGACGAGAGCGGGCUGUGGGCCGUGUACACCACCAACCAGAACGCGGGCAACAUCGUGGUGAGCCGGCUGGACCCGCACACCCUGGAGGUCGUGCGCUCCUGGGACACCGGCUACCCCAAGCGCAGCGCCGGCGAGGCCUUCAUGAUCUGCGGCGUCCUCUACGUCACCAACUCGCACCUGGCCGGGGCCAAGGUCUACUUCGCCUACUUCACCAACACGUCCAGCUACGAGUACACGGACGUGCCCUUCCACAACCAGUACUCGCACAUCUCCAUGCUGGAUUACAACCCCCGAGAGCGCGCCCUCUACACCUGGAACAAUGGCCACCAGGUGCUGUACAACGUCACGCUCUUCCACGUCAUCAGCACCUCGGGGGACCCUUAGGGUUCCUGCUGCCCCUCCCUCGGGGCUGCUGGGGGGAGGAGGGUCCUGCCCUGGCUACCUGUGUCCCCUUUGAAGCCGUUUCUGUCGUGCCCUCUCCCCCUGCCCUGCCUUUUUCUCUUCCUGCCUCUCUUUCCCUGGCUUUUAUUCUCCGCGCUCUCCCCCUCCCCCCCAUUCCUAUUUCUAUCAUGCCUUUCUCAAUUUGGUCUCUUCUUUAUUGAUCUCUGCUUUUGAUAUGCCACUUCUUGGUCUUUCUUGACUUUUUAUUGAUGUCCCCCGCUAGCUUUCUUUUUUUUGAUUGAUCGGAUCCUCCAGUUCUUUCUCUCCCUCCACUCUCCUCCCCUUCCUCCCUCCUUGCUUCCCACCCCUGCCCCACUCUCUCCCCAUCCCUCACCCAUGGAGUUGAGUGCAUGGAUUUUUUUUAUUUUUAUUUACACGUUUCCCUUCUGGGUUACCAGAAUAAAUGGGACCUUUGACAUUU